AUUUUGUAAACCGGACGUUUCCACACACUGCAGUAAAUUAGCGCCGACUUUCACAGCGUCUCAAAGUAUUUACCAUAAAGUCGGCUAUAAGGGCGCACUGGAAAUGUUGGAGCGGCUGGCUUGACCGCAGUGAAAACCGAAAGUAAGUGACAGAAGUUCAGUGUCAGCAGGAUUUCGCGCAGUGAGGAUGGUAUCUACCGGCCGCGGUUUAAGAGACUUGGCGAACAUGUUUUAAGUCUCCACAGCGUCCUCAGAUGGAUCUGGUCCCCCUUUUAUUCUCUGUGUGUGCUAUGGUGAUCUCCCUGCUCGGAGCUGCGCUCUGCUCCGACAGUCACAAUUGUACAUGUCCAGGAAUCCCUGAAAAGCCUCUAACUGAAGUUCCAGUGAGGACCUGCUUCAAAAUCAAUGAAACUUUUCGGUACAGAUGCAUAGAAGGUUACGUGAGGAAGGUGGGAACUUCAAAUCUAAUCAGAUGCAAGCAAGUGAAUAAUGAAUCGCAGCAAUGGUCCCCGCCCACCCCCACCCUCGUGUGUAUACCGGACCCAAACAGACCCCCACGACAACAAUCAACCCCAAAAUCAGAGAGACACACUGACAUUCCCCGUGACUCCACCAUUACCAUCACAGUCACAGCAGCUUCCUCCAGCCUACAGAAGAGCCAGAGUAUAAGCCCCUCAGCUUCAGUGACCACAGGAACAUACAUGGCAGAGCCAACCUCACCUGGUCUGUCAGAUCACUCACAGGCAGCAGCUUCCUCCAGCCUACAGAAGAGCCAGAGUAUAAGCCCCUCAGCUUCAGUGACCACAGGAACAUACAUGGCAGAGCCAACCUCACCUGGUCUGUCAGAUCACUCACAGGCACAAGAAGAUGAUGUGACGGUGACCAACGUGAAGCACUGGAUACCUUCAUCCACCACUCAGACUUCACCCAACAGGACGGAGAAUCCUGAUGUGUCCCAUCGAACUGACACCAGACCCGUUAACACGACAACAGUGGUGAUCGGCUGUGCUUCAUUGGUCAUCGUCUGCGCUGUCUUCGGAAUGAGCUUCUUUUUUUAUAAAAGGAGAUCAAUAAACAACAUCCCAACAGAGAUAGAAGCAGAAGAACAGUUGCCCAUGAAUAAUGUUUCACCUGAAUCACCGUCGUAGAGUUUGCUCCCUGCAUCUGACAUGGCAUUACUGGAGCUCAUUGGACCAUCCAGUGACAUUUGUUUUUUGCACAUCCCCGAGGAGUUAAAACUCCUUCAACUUUUUUUCUGAGCUGAUCUCAACCUAAUAUGAACUGCACAUUUUAAGCAGCUUUAAUUUUAAAGACACUGUGACCAUCUGUAUGCUUGAUAUUUAUGUUUCUUAUUUUUAAUCUCAUGAAAAUAUCAAAACCGAUAAUAUUCUGUUUAGCUAGAACCAUAUGUAGCUUAUUACUUUGUGCUAUACAAAUCCUAACUGCAGUAACUACAUUUUUUGUCAAAAUUGAGUUAUAACUAAAAAUGAACUCCUU